CUCUGUGGUUGUUCCUCCCGCUCCUCCCUGAAGGGCGGCGGUGAUGGCGGAGCCGGGGAGAGCCGGCGGGAGCCCCGAGGCCCCCGUGCAGGUGUCUAUCAUUGUGCCUGUUCACAACAGUGAAUGCUGGUUAGAUGAAUGCCUAAAGUCAGUUUGGGAACAAGAUUUUAAGGGAACCAUGGAGCUGUCAAUUUUUAAUGAUGCCAGUAAGGAUGGUUCAGCUGAAAUAAUUGAAGAAUGGAAGAUCAAGUUGGAAGAAGUUGGUGUUUCAGUAAUCAUUGGAACCAAUGAUUCCUCUCAGCCUGGAGGUGUUGGAUUUGCUAAAAAUCAAGCAGUAAUUCAGAGCUCAGGAACCUAUCUCUGCUUUCUGGAUUCAGAUGAUGUGAUGAUGCCACAGCGGGUUAGGCUGCAGCACGAAGUUGCCAUUCAACACCCAAACAGUAUUAUUGGUUGCCAAGUCAGAAGAGAGCCGCUGGACUCUACUGAACGAUACACUCGCUGGAUCAAUAACCUAAGCCAGGAGCAACUUCUUACUCAGGUGUUCACUUCCCAUGGGCCUACUGUGAUCAUGCCAACCUGGUUCUGCUCUCGAGAAUGGUUUUUUCACGUGGGAAGAUUUGAUGAGGGUGGAAAGGGUGUCCCAGAGGAUUUGUUGUUUUUUUAUGAACAUCUCAAGAAGGGUGGUGGAGUCUUUCGAGUGAACCAUUGCCUCCUGCUCUACCGGUACCACCCCCAGGCUGUGACCCACUCUGUCCUAGAGGGAACCAUCUGGAAUCACCGAGUCAGGUUUCUUGAGGACAGAGUCCUGAGCUCCUGGACAUCAUUCACCAUUUGGAAUGCUGGCAAGCAAGGCAAGAAGCUCUACAGAAGCUUGUCACCAGCUAAUCAGAAAAAGGUAACUGCAUUUUGUGAUGUCGAUGAAAAGAAAAUAACAAAAGGAUUCUACACUUAUGAGGAAUCUGAGGAGAGACCAAAACCCAAAAUUCCAGUGUGUCACUUCAGGGACGCGACUCCGCCCUUUGUGAUCUGUGUGAAGCUGGACUUGACAGGUGGAGCCUUUGAAACAAACCUGGACACGCUGAACCUGAAGGAAGGGGUUGAUUAUUAUCACUUUAACUAAACCAAGCCAUGCAACCUUUUAUCAAUCUGCCCAGGUGAUGAUAAUGAAUUUGCAGAAAGGGGAAAAUCCAGUGCCAAAAUGCUGGUUCCCUGCUCCUGUCACUGCAGAGCUGCUCAUGGAAUGAUUCCUUUGCUCUGAAAGUCACUGGAUCAUGCUCAUGAAGAACAGGACCCUCUUCCCUUGUCCCUGGAAGAAGGUAACAGUACAGGUAAAAGGAGUGAAAAAAAUGAAUUACAUUCUAUGAAGUGGUUGUUUAAUUCAUGCCAUCCUAUGCCUGGGAAACAUCUGAACUGCUCCAAUUCCAAAUCUCUGCUUGAAUACAACGCUUGUAGCAUGUUGAGUAAUUACAUUUCAUGGGAGAUUUGAGCUGUUCUGCUAAUUCUGUUGUUUUCCAGCUUGCAGAGAUCCUUCCUUUCCCCAAAUCCUGCCAGUGCUCAUAAAUGCCAAGAAACUGUCUGUACAGUUGAAGUUUGACUGUUUGCACAGCCCAGUCUCUGGUUCAUGGAAAACUUCCAAGAUUUCCUCCCUUUUUAUGUAGUUAGAAAAAUAUGGGUAUUUUACUUUAUCUAAUGGUGAUUUUAUACAUCC